UAAAACUUCUACAUAGAACGCUCUUCAUACAAGUUUCAUCAAGGCGCCACACCACUAUGAACGUCCGUGGUCUCUCUCGUCGCCUCUGGGUCUUCAACAAGAAGUGGCCUGUCCAGCUGCACGUUGCAUGAGCGCUUUCUUCGACAGGCUCCGGAGGGCUUCCAUCUCACCUUUAGAUUUUACACUGCCGGCCUCAGCUUUUUGAUUGUAUUAUAUCAUGACAACACUGCAACAUCGUGCCGCGGCUUCGACGCGGCUGCGCGACGCCCCAACCCUUCCCCACUCGCUUGUUCGCCGCGGCUUCCUUCGGCACCCUGCACGCCAGGCAGUUUCAGCACGGCCGCGUCUAGCAGUCCAGGUUCGCGCGGACGUUAACUUCGACGCUUUCAGGCCCCGCUCGUUUUCCUCCGUUCCUCAACCAGCUUCGCUGGUGUCUGCGCCUACUGUGAAGCAGCAUGACUUCCUAGUUAUCGGCAGCGGCAUUGCCGGUCUUACGUACGCGCUCAAGGUUGCCGAGUAUGGUUCUGUGGCCAUUAUUACCAAAGAUCAAGCCAGUGAGGGCUGCACUCGCUACGCCCAGGGUGGCGUUUGCGCGGUGUUGGAUGAGACCGAUAGCGUCGCCGAUCAUGUCCGUGAUACUAUCGUCGCUGGCGCCUUCCUAAAUGAUACAAAGGCAGUCGAGGUUGUUUGCCGUGAGGGUCCAGCGCGCGUGCUGGAGCUUGUGGAGCUUGGUGCCGAGUUCUCGCGCAACAGCGACGGUACCCUGCACCUCACCAAGGAGGGUGGCCACAGCAACCGUCGCAUUGUACACGCAGCGGACCUCACGGGGGCAGAGAUUGAGCGCGCCUUGCUGGCGAACGCCCGCGCCAACAAGAACAUCCACUUCUACGAGCACCACAUGGUGGUCGACUUGGUAGUGGACGAGUACGGUGGCACCCUGCACUGCUUCGGCGCUGACGUGCUGGACCAGCGGUCGAACACGAUGACACGGUUCCUUGGGCUGUCGACCAUGCUCGCCAGUGGAGGUGCGGGCCAGCUGUACCCUAACACGACCAACCCGCAUGUGGCCACCGGCGACGGUAUUGCAAUGGCCUACCGCGCGCACGCCAACGUCAGCAACAUGGAGUUCAUGCAGUUCCAUCCUACGGGUCUAUACAACCCAUCAGGCAGCGGCAGCGCCUUUCUGAUCACCGAGGCUGUUCGCGGCGAGGGCGGUAUGCUUUUCAACAAGGCUGGCGAGCGCUUCAUGACGAGCUACGACGAACGGCUCGAGUUGGCACCCCGCGACGUUGUGGCACGAUCUAUCCACGACCAGCUCAUGCGCCAUGAAGACGAGCACGUUUGGCUGGACAUCAGUCACAAGCCCCGUGGCGAGGUCCUGCACCAUUUUCCCAACAUCGCCGCCAAGUGCCAGGAGCUGGGCAUCGACAUCACCCGCGAUCCCAUUCCGGUGGUGCCGGUGCAGCAUUACACGUGCGGCGGCGUUGCUACCGGUCUGCUGGGUGAGACCAGCGUCCAGGGCCUCUACGCCUGUGGUGAAGUGGCAUGUUCGGGGCUGCACGGCGCUAACCGCUUGGCGUCGAACUCGCUGCUGGAGGGCCUGGUGUUUGCGGAGCGGGCCGUCAACCCCAGCGUUGCGCAUGCUGAGCACGCACUUCGGCACUGCAGCCGACAGCUGCACUAUGCGGCGGCGAGCGCGGACUUCCGGGGUGCGCGUGGAUCGCGGGAACUGACAAGUGCAUUGGGAGGCUGGGUGGCGACCCGCCGCCAGGAGCUGCGUGACAUUAUGUGGCGUUGCUGUGGCAUUGUUCGGAGGACCAAGGAGCUGGUGGCUGCUCGCGACUACAUCCUGUCGCUGUACAUUGAGACCAAGGCCAUCUACAAGAACUAUGGCAUCAACACGCAGCUGGUGGAGCUGUUCAACCUUGCAACGGUGGCGGAGCUGGUCGUGUCCUGCGCUUUGCAGCGGAAGGAGAGCCGAGGCUUGCACUACAGCGCGGACUACCCGCAUUCGGACGAGUCGCAGCGCCGGCCGAGCAUGAUCAGCACGUCUCUGAAGUCCCGGUACGACCUGUCCCCCUUCCUACGCAACACGCCGUCCAUGUCACCGGCGAGUGGUGGCGGUCCUGCAAGCGCUGCACAGCCAAAGCGCUUGGCACGCAAGCAAGCUCCUCGGGAUCGUGAGUUAGCGGUGCGGUCCAUGCCGCUGGACUCGUAAGCAUAGGUUUGUCCCAUGUGGCUUUGCUUCUUUGGAGAGAUAUUGUUUGCGGUUCAUGCCGCAGAACUCGUAAGCAUAGGUUCGUCCCAAUGUGGCAUUGGUUUCUUGGUGAAGUGUUUCAUAUGCGGCUAGCCGGCGUUAGGGGCAGCACGUUACCGUUGCAGGCGAAAAUGCUAGGGCAGAAUUGGCUGCUUAACAUGUCAUGUAACUUGUACUGCCUGUGUAUACUAGACACAAAGGAUGGCCACCUUCUGCGCUAGAGGGUUUGCGUUUUUGUCAACCUGCGUCAAGUUACUUGUUAUGUAACACCUUGGCACGACGUCGUUGACGUCGUUGUCCCGUGAGCUGC